AUGGGAAGCCUGCAGUACGUGCAAAUGGCGCCGAGCAGCGCAGACCGCAACCGGCCCUCCGACGACGACGAGUUGUCAAGUGGAUCGAAGCGGAUGCGUUCACACGUGGUGCGAGGUCAGAUACCACAAGACUUGGAAGAGCAAUUGACACAGCCAUUCACCGAAGAUGAGCGACAGCGAAUAUUCGACUCGGUUGGCUUGAGCCAGGCAGAACGAUUACCGGAAGGAAAAACUCCAAUAGCUUUAUGGCUGUUUGGACCUCCAGCUGCUGGCAAGACAUCCAUUAGCGACGAUUUCGAGGUGGAGUUCUUCGGGCGGCCUGGCAACUCCGUUAGUAUUGAUGGGAGCCAUGUGCGCGAUGCGCAUGGUGGCUUUCAACAGGUGCUGAAGCACGGGAUUGAAAACAAAGUUAUCCACGCGGAUGCUUGGACUAAGCUGAAGGCCACCAAGCACGUGGAGCGGCUGAAAGAAGAGAUAUUUGAAAUAGCUGUUCGGAAUCGUCAAAAUGUGAAAAUCUGCGAUGCCUGCCAGAAGCCCGAUCGAGUGCGUAAGAUGCUCGCAAUGCUAGAAGGUGCAGACUUCGAGAUGCACGCGCUGUGCCUUUGGGUUCCCGAAGUGGCGACGCAGUCACGAGGGCAGCACCGAUCAGUAGAAUCCCGGCGAGUUGUUUGCUCAUCGUUAUAUGCCAGUAGCACUGUGGCGACAUUGGACUUCGCGAAGCACUGGGAUCAACAGAUCAGACAGGGAAACAUGCACUACAAGAGCUUGGUCUUGCUGGACAACACACCGAGACCGCCUUUACGCAUUUCCCUUGAAGAGUUCGAGGCUCGGACGAAUUGGCCAGCCGCCGAGUCGGCACAGCACUUCCAGCGGUUCCAGACCAAUAAGAAUGAAGGAUGA